GGCACUUCUAUCUCGCCUUCUUGCUUGCGAAUCCAUAGUAACAGGCUGUGCCUGGAUUUUCUCCAUUCGCAGUCAUCGCGGUCAUCUACCUUGAUCCGCCGAUCCGGCGACGGUAUCCCCAUCUCACCAGUUCAAUCCUGGUCUUCACGAGAUAAUAAAGGAUGGGCCGAGGUAAAUAUCUAGCGACUGAGGGGUCAGUCAGGAAAACUCAGCAUCUGAAGCCGGUUGAAGAGGACAGACGGUAAAAGGCCAACAUUAGCCACCAACAGACUCACUGUGGAUAGAUCUCUUGGUGGGCAUGGAGGCUCGCAGGCGCCCUGGCAAAACAACCGGCUUGUUAGUCCAACAGACGUGACGCGGCCUGCACAUAUGGCUGAUGGGCCCCGGGUUCUGGUCACGGCCUCUGGACUGGCAUUCAGUCUGGUUGCCAUUUCUGUCUAGGAUCCGGUGCAAUUCACCCAUUCCUUUGCACGCCAUUUGUCCAGACGUGAAGCUCGGAGAGGUUGAGUUAGUAUUAGUCUAUUUAGUUGGCCGCAGUCCUGUUGAGCGUCCGCAUCAAAUCCCGCUAAGGGUGGAGCGAGCGGGAGCGCACUGUUCUUAAACAGAAGGUCUUGACUCAGGCGCCAGACAAGUUCAGUCCUCUCGAAAAAAAAAAGGCCAAAAAAAAAAAGAUGGCGACGAAGCCUACCAUUGUCUUCUCGAUUGGCGCGUGGCUGACACCUCCUGCCUUUAACGCUCUUCGUGCAAAGCUUUUGGAGAGAUGCAUUCCAUCUGAAGCGCCCCCGCACCCUUCUAUCGGCGCCGAGCCUCCAAAUAAAACCCUCGCAGAUGACAUCGCGUCGCUCAGCUCGGUGUUGAAGAAGCUGGUGGAAGUGGAAGGGAAAGAUGUCGUGGUCAUCGGGCACUCAUACGGCGGCGUGGUUGCCUCCAGUGCGGUAGAGGGCCUGGCAAAGGCAGAUCGCGAAACAGCUGGUCAGAACGGCGGUGUUGUUAGAAUUGCUUAUAUGGCUGCCUUUGUCCUUGAUAAAGGCCAAAGCCUGCUGGGUAUGCUCGGUGGCCAGUAUCUGCCUUGGAUGGAGGUGAAGGAUGACUAUGUUUACUGCAACGCUGGAGCUGAAGCUGCUAUGCAUGACUUGACGCCAGAAGAGCGACAAAAGUGGUCGUCCGAGCUGGUGCAUACCUCACGCGCUGUCUUUUCUGGAGCCUCCACAUACGAACCCUGGCAUCGAAUUCCUUCCGCUUAUGUUCUCUGCGAGGAGGACCUAGCGCUUCCGCUUCUGUUCCAGGAGAUGAUGGCCGCUAAGCUUGAAACUGACCUCACGUAUCGACUCAAAAGCUCUCACUCGCCGUUUUUGAGUAUGCCAGAUAGUCUGACUGACGUUCUGGAGGAUCUGGUUAGCAGAGUUUGAUCCGGCUGGAUAUGAGCCUAAAGACAAGGUCGACCGGCAGUGUUCUCUGAGUAGGUAACCCAACUUCAGAUGCAUGAAAUGGCUCUGAGCCUUGUUAGGGCAGUUGAGCCAUCCUGGAUAUAUAUAGUUCGCAUAAAUAGAAAAUGGCUGUGCGCAAUCACUG